ACCAAAAUCACAAACUCACUCAGUUUUACUCGGCACUCCGAGGCAAUAAGUUCUCCUGAAAAUAAAAAUAUCAGAGAAAUAAAAUAAAAAAGAUAUAUUUUUUUUUUUAUUGUGAAAAUAAUAAAUAAAACGUGAGUGUUCAAUAAGUGAUAUAAAUUUUAUUAUAUAAUAAUAAAUAAACAAAUAAAAAAAAUGGCACCACAUACAACAAGUUAUGGUACUGUUGGAGCUGGUAUGGAGUAUGAAGAACCAGUAUCAAGAACAUAUCAAUAUCGUAAAGUUAUGAAACCAAUGUUAGAACGUAAACGUCGUGCACGUAUUAAUCGUUGUUUAGAUGAACUUAAAGAAUUAAUGGUAACAGCAUUACAAGCUGAAGGUGAAAAUGUUGCAAAAUUAGAAAAAGCUGAUAUACUUGAAUUGACUGUACGUCAUUUACAUACAUUAAGAGCAGCAAGAAGAUUAACAUUAACACCUGAAAAUAGUUAUGCUGAUAGAUUUAGAGAAGGUUUUACACAAUGUGCACAAGAAGUAUCAACAUUUUUAUCAACACCAGUUGCAUCAACUGUACAUCCAGCUGCUGGUGCACAAUUAAUGCGUCAUCUUGGUGGUUGUUUAAGACGUCUUGAAGGACCUGGUCCAGCAAGUCCAACUAAUACAACUCCAGUUAAUAAUCAGCAACAACAACAACAACAACAACAAACAACUGUCAAUAAAAUUGCUGUUAAUUUACCACAAAAUGUCUACACACCACCACAAAGUCCAAUGAGUGUUGUCAGUUCAUCAGAAGAAACAUCCAUUGAAUCAUCAUCUGUCUGGCGUCCGUGGUAAAUUUAUUACCAAUGAAAAUUACCAAGAAGAAAACAACUCAUCAAUCAACUGAGAUUUAUAUUUAAUUUAAAAAAUUAUAUUUAAGAUUUAUCAAUGGGUGAUAUGAUUGGGAUUCUGCAAUCUGUUGGAUCAAACUCCACAUGUUUUAUAAAUUUACAAAUUAUCAUAUAAGAUUAUUAUUUUUCAAAUUAUUUUAUAUUCAAAAAAAAAAAAAUUUUUUUUUCUUUUUAUUAUUAUUAUUAUUAUACGACAAAACAUUUGUCUUCCAAUUUUUAAAAAAUUUUUUUUUUCUUUUGCAUUUUAAAAUUAAUUUUUUUCUAAUUUAAUUUAGCAUAUGGGUGAAGAAGCUUUAAGUGAUAUCUGUGA